AUGCUGCUUUAUGGAGUUUUCAAAUCAGAAAAAAAGAAAUGGAGUGGAUACAAAGUUUGGGUGCGAGCUGAUGCUUUCGGAGCGCCGAUCGAUUACAGUCGUUGCUACAAACUUGAUGAUAGAAUUGUACAAAACUUAAACAACAAUGCAAAUAGAGAUAGUAAUGUAUACCAACAUCCCGUUGUUAAUAGUCAGCAUGGGUAA